AUGAACGACGACCUCUUCGCCGAUACCGAUGUCCACGAGUUUUAUGUCCGUAAAAUCACCGACACCUUCCUCGCUACCAUAACCAACAAAGCCCAUGUCCUCGCUCGUCGACGCAUCACUCCAAUACUUUGGUACCAAUGGUGCCGUUCUCUCGGUCUCUUCGAUCAUCGCGCCAACGAAGAAAAUAUUGUCAGACGUGGUCGACAAGCCCUUGCUCAAAUCGCCAGAGACACCCUUGCUAAAGUACAUAUCAACACAUUCACAGACGAUGAAGUCACCAUCUUAGUAGACGCCUUCAUCUCCGCUGAAGUCACCGCCAAAUUAUUUGCGACCAUCGGAAGGGGAUCGAGUGUACCCCAGUUCAUCUCUCAAAGUGGACUAUGGCCGCCUCGAUCUGCUGCCCCGACAACACUGUCCGCGUAUCUCCCUGCUUUUGCGAGUCUUGCGUUCGAUCCCUUGACCGAGGCAUGGAAGAGGGAGCAGGCGUUGAACGAAUUGUCUCGAAUUCUUCUGGCUCUACUUCCGACUGCCAUUCCCCUCCUUGUCCCUGACAAAGAACUUGUGCAGCGUGAAGUCAACUUCACGUUCGGCCAGUUGGAAGAGGAACACCGGAAGGAGGCGCAGCAAGAAGCCGAAGAAGAGGCCUUCCAGGCAGAUUUGCACUUGUGCAUUCGGACCAUCAAAUGGGAAGGCCGUAGCAACGUCCAUUGGUUCAAUUUCGACGACGGUGGAGGUAUUACUAUGGUGGAGCCAGUUACGACUGUUCCUGUGGUUGAGGAGAGUGAGUUUUGCUCGGACGACUCUAGUGGCUCGCAAACAGAGGAACAUGGGGUCAACAAUGAUGAUGUGCGUGUCGGAGUAACUGCAGCAGCUUUCGAUACCUUUCCUCCGAUUCCUCCUUCGAUUCCUCCUCCGGUAAUAGGCACCAUUGAUUUAUCCAAUCUCAACGACGGUGAAAGCGAUGGUCGUGACAUGAAUAUGGUGCAACGUCCUCAGGACGGCCAGCUGGCAAUCGCUAUGCCUGAGGAUGACGAUCUUAGCUUGGACUCUGAUGACUCGGUGUUUACAAACGAGGAAAUGCCGCUCAUUCAAUCCCACCCCUCUAUCGCGACGGUUUUGAACCCACCCACAACAUCCACAAGCAAGGGCAAUGCCUUCGUCACACCCUCGAGCAACAAGGAAAACAAAGCUCCAGUUCGUUCAUGGCAGCCAUUGCAUGGCAGUGGAGGUACUUCCUUCUGA